CCGGUGCUGGUGCUCAGGGGGCCUGCUGUGGGGUGGCUGUGCAGGGCAGAGGGGCCCGCGGGUCCAGGCAGGAGCACCCUGGGGUCGGCAGGGCCGGGGGCGCGGUGUAGGUGUAGGGCCCGGCCGCGGCACGUGGCACUGGUCUCGCCUGGCAGCGUGGCCGGGGGGCGGUGGGUGGCGAGGCCCCCUCGGGAGAGCCGGGCUCGGGCUGCCUGCCCGGAGGUGGCUGAGGGCAAGGCUCCGGGCAGCACCGCGCUGCCUCGCCCAUGCCCGCCACGGCUCCUGACCCAGGUCUUGUCUCUCCUUGCCUACCGCAGCAGUGUCCUCCUGUGUGCUUUUGCUUUCCAUGGGUUUGCCAGCUCCCAGGGCUGCUCGCCUGCGUGGUCCCCUGGCCUUGUGCCCUGCCCCAAGCCCUCACUCAGGGCCAGGUGGGUGUGCUGCUAGCAGGCGUGGGCUAAAGGCAGGGCUUGAAACAAUUGCCUGUUCAGGAUGAGCUGGAGUUUCCUGACACGGCUCCUGGAGGAGAUCAACAACCACUCAACCUUUGUGGGGAAGAUCUGGCUGACUGUCCUCAUUGUCUUCCGCAUCGUGCUGACGGCCGUGGGGGGCGAGUCCAUCUACUACGACGAGCAGAGCAAGUUUGUCUGUAACACGCAGCAGCCUGGCUGCGAGAACGUCUGCUACGAUGCCUUUGCCCCGCUCUCCCAUGUCCGCUUCUGGAUCUUCCAGAUCAUCAUGGUAGCCACACCGUCGGUGCUCUACCUGGGCUUUGCCAUGCACCGCAUUGCCCGCAUGCCCGAGUCCUCACGGCGCCGGGCACCAGCAGCCCGGCGGGCAUGCAUGCCGGUGGUGCGCCGAGGAGCCGGGAGGGACUACGAGGAGGCGGAGGAUGAUAACGAAGAAGACCCCAUGAUCUUUGAGGAGAUCGAGGUAGAGAAGGAGAAGAGCCCAGAGGGCGGAGAGAAGCACGACGGGCGGCGGCGCAUCAAGCAGGACGGGCUGAUGCGCGCCUACGUCCUGCACCUGCUGUGCCGCUCGCUGCUGGAGACGGCCUUCCUCUUCGGGCAGUACCGGCUUUACCGCUUCGAGGUGAUCCCCUCCUACGUCUGCAGCCGCAGCCCCUGCCCGCACACCGUCGACUGCUUCGUCUCUCGCCCCACCGAGAAGACCAUCUUCCUCCUCAUCAUGUAUGCUGUCAGCGGGCUCUGCCUCUUCCUCAACCUCCUCGAGCUCGUGCACCUCGGCGUGGGGCGCAUCCGGGACGCCCUGAGCCGCUCCGACAGUCCCCCGCCCCCGGCUGGCGGCAGCCCUGUACCGCAGUACCCCAAGAAAGCCCCCAGCGCACCGCCCACCUACCACUCACUGAAGAAGGAGCCUCCGCAAGCCCCACUGCCCAGCGGCAAGCUGGACUACCGAGACAGUCUGGCGCCGGCAGCAGGGCACUUCACCCUGGCCAGGGCUCCCCCAGUGCAUGAGCUGGACCGGCUACGUGAGCACCUGCGCCUGGCCCAGGAGCACCUGGAGGUGGCUUUUCAUCUGCAGCCCCCACCCCGGCCCCUCAGCCCUGCCCACAGCAGCAGCCCUGAGGCCAAUGGCAUCGCCGCGGAGCAGAACCGCCUCAACUUUGCCCACGAGAAGGGGACCGCUGCCUGCGACAGGACCACGGGGCUGUAAGUGCCACCGGGGAUGACAGAAGUGUCUGCCAGAGCAGCUGCCACCACCACCACCACUCCUGCCAGGAGCAGGGGAGCAGAGGAUGCCUCCAUGCCUGCCUGACCAGACUGGCAGUGGGUAGUGGCAGGGAUUGGGGCCUUUGGGGACAUUCUUACUUAAUUUUCAGAAAGGGAAUAUCUUAUUUUUGUACGUUUUUAUAAAGUGGUCAGUAUGUGCACCCUGGCAUUUUUAUACUCUGCUCCCAAUCUCUGCCUUGGACCUGUGUCUCCCCAUCCCACUUCACCCCCUUCUCCUCCCACACCUGUUUUCUGCAGCAUCUCCUCACGCCUCCCUCUGCUCUCCCAUGCUCACUGUCACCAGCUGGUGCUGUGCAGACCACGCUGGUGACUCUGGUAUUGUCCCUGUGGCGUGGGGACUUAAGGGAAGCUAGCCCGAGGAUCUGUCUGGCUGAACCUUGGGGCAGGGCACUGGGCUGGAAUUGUGCUUGAAGCAGGGAGAGGGCAGGGGAGGGAAGAGUCCUGAUGGUGCUGCUGCCGGAAGGUACCAGAGCAUCAGGGAGGGCCGUGCUGCACAGCAUCUUGGCACAGGAUUGCAAGCUGUGGGGCUGGCCUGCUCAGAAAUGUCUGUGCAGAGGGCAAGGGCUGUCCUUCCUGCCACCUCUGCCCUGCUCCCAGCCAGCCAGCCUUGGACCAAAGCCCACCCCCUACCUCUCUGGCUGUGGGCCCGGGCCCCCUUGUGCAGGGUCAGACCUGACCCAGGGCAGGGUGGGGGACACGAUGCUCUGAGCCAGUGUUAGCCAGGAGCCCGUGGGGCAUUACUGAUCAUCUCAGCCUGGGUCACACAGGUUUUUACAGCGUGGUUUUU